AUGAUCAUUUUAUUCGUGUCUUUUGUGAAUUCAUACCGCCCGAUUGCUCUAAUCGAAUGCUCUGAACUCUCCAAAUUCUCAACAACUAGUCCCACUUCCAGUUCAAUUGAACCAUACGCUUUCGGCUCUUUCUUCUGGGAAAUACUGAAUUUUACAAUAAAAACUACUCAUUUCCACGUAGCUACAACGAUUGGAAUGUAUUGCAGUCGACUUAUUCUUCUGUUCCCUCUAGCAAUCCAUCUGGUUAGCUCUUCUUUUUCUUGUGAUACAGUAGUUUCCCCACCGAAAGAUUGUAGCAAGAUAAAUUUGAAAUACGUGAAUGGAACUGCACUCCUCCAAUGGCCUGAAUGGUGUGAAGUGUUUCAUGGAGAGUUGAAAUUAAGGAAUAUCGAUUUGGAGAGGGCUGAUUUUAGGAAAUUGCGUAAAAUCAAGGGAAGUGUGGAACUAAUCAACACUGGAUACUCUCGAAUGCCCCAAAUGCCGUGUCUGUCUGAAAUCGAAACGAAUGGAUCGUAUCCGGGAGUUGUGAUCCUAAACAACAAACGACUCCGUGAUAUUCGUGGAUUCAUCAACUGGGAUAGACACUUUCGAAUUCAAGGAUACACUCAAUUUCCCGUCUUUAUUUCUGGAAAUGAGCAGUUGGAUACUGUCAAUAUGCCAUCGAUCAUUCAUCACCAAUUCUCUCCGAUUUCUUGUGAAAAACGACUGACGCCCAACUACAGUAUCCAGUAUGCAGAAGCCAUGUCCCUCUCAUUCGUCCUCAUUUCUCUCAUCAUCUCUGCUACAGUAUUCCUCUAUCCAUUGAGUUUGGGCAGUGCAAACAUCUAUUUCGUUCCCGGAUAUCAUAAAUCUUGA